UUAAACCUCAUUAGAUUCGUACAGACAUUCGUGGAGGGCAGCCACGAUGCAGAAAAUUUGUGUUUUAACGGACGCGGACAAAGGUGUCGGCCUUAAUAUUUGUAGACUUCUGUGUAGAAGAUGUCCAGAUAUAUUCUACGUGACCACGCGAGAAAUAGAAGUGGGCCAACAGAUUAUGGAAAAAUUGAAGGAAAUGGGCACGUACCCGGAGUAUCAUCAGCUCGACGUUACUGACAGAGAAAGUGUGAUCAGAUUCAGGGAUCAUAUUCAAUCGAAAAAUGGAUCUAUAGUGACAUUAAUUAAUAACGUUGCCAUAGGAGCGAGGUUGAGCAACACGACAUAUGAAGACGCUAAGUUUAUCAUCAACAAUUACUAUUAUGGUUAUGUGAACGUUCAAGAAAUUCUGUUCCCGUUGUUGGCGGAUAAUGGGAGAGUAUUGUAUUUGUCCUUGGCAAGCUCAACAUCCCGAAUAAAGAACGAUUACUGGAGGGAAAGACUUUCGAUGAAACAUUUGAGACAGAAUGAUAUAAACGACUUUCUGCAAUGGUUCUUGGAGACAAUGAAAACUGGUGACUUUACUGAUAAUUACAUUGCAGAUGACAAGGUGAGAGCAAUAUAUUCAAUAUCGACCGUGUCAUUAACGUUACUAGUCAAGUUACAGCAAAAACAGCUCGCUCCAAGAAACGUAUCUGUAAAUUUUUUGCACCCACGUUGGGCACAAAUAUAUUAAAUUUAUUAAUUUUAACGAUGUAGGUUACUUUUUGUACUGAGUUUUUUUUUUUAAUUAUAUUGAAUUUUCUUAUAUGUAAAAUUAUAUUAACUAUUCAAAUGAAGCAACCAAAUUUUCAAUAAUUUGUUUUUGUAAAUUGAUUUUAUAUAAUAUGAAAAUUAUAAAAUGCAUAAAUUUUAUGUUUAUACAAAUAUCAUUUAAUUGAAUUUAAAAAAAAAAUAUUUUUGUAACAUGUAAAGGAACAACUUCAGUUUCCAUGUAAAAAGUUCGUAUUUUAUUUUUAAUUUUUGUGUAAAUAGUAUAAUUCUAUUUCAUUAAGUGUAUUUUUUACAUUUUUAUAUAUAAUUUUUAUAAAUAUAAAUAAAUAAAUUUGUAGCUGAUAAGUAAAAUGAUCUCUUAGAUUAACGAAAAAUCCAAAUAACCUCAAACCUAGUGGGAGAGUCUACACUAAUACUCUAAUCAGGUAAAAUUUGUUCGCUUGUUUAUCUAGUUUUGUUUGUUUAUUAAAAGGAUUUAUUAAAUGUAUUGUAAAUAUUUUUUUCAUUAAAUGAAAGUCGUUCUAUUUCUGAGUACUACGGACUAUAUGUUUUGUGGAAAUUUCCACAAAAACAAAAGAAGACUCCGCGUAAACGAAGUGAAUUCACAUUGUUUCUUACUACUUACAUAUAUUUGCAAUUUUAAUAAUACAUGUUAUUAUAAUUAUAUUUACAGACGUAACAUGAGAGAAGAUGUAAUGUUUAUUACAAAUUACAAAUAUUUGUAAGUUUAAUGUAUGUUCAUAUAUCAUUACAAUUAUAUUUAGAAAGUAACCGUGAGCAAAAACUUAGCGUCUCCCACUAGGUAGUUACAAUAUUUGUAAGUUUUAUAAUACUUAUUGUUACAAUUGUAUCUUAUUUUUUAUAUUGUAAAAUGUAUAAUAACGUCUCAUUAAAAAUUGUACAUUCCUCAUGUAAUUUAAGGUUACAAGCUGAUUGUUUGUUUAUAAUGCGACAGAUGGCGUUUAAGUCGGAACCAAUGACGUUCAUUAUAAAACUGAUAGUACUUAAUUUAUCUACUAAAUCACAAUUGUGAUACAUUGUUUUAUCCGUAAUUAGUGAUACAACUAGACAAUAAAUUUAUUAAUGUAAAAUGUGUAAAAAAAAUUAUGUAUAAUGAAUAAAUACUCGUUUCUGGGCAUAACUUUAAAUGUCUUCAGUUAAAUUAACUUACGAAUAUGGGCUCAAGUGCUAUUGGAGUGUUUAAUUUAAUAUAUUUUUUUAAUAAGUCAUCUUAAUGAAGAAAUAUUGUUGUAAAAUAGAUAAUUUUAAUGUAAUUUCAAAUGGCAUUGAUGUGGAAGUAAUGAUUCGUUUAUAACGUUGUAGUAAUAAAAAAAUAUUUAAAUCAAACUGAUUGACAUCAUUAAACCUUAUCAUCACUGUACAAUAUAAUAAACCAAUAUCCUUCAUAAAAUUAUAAUUAUUACGUAGUUAUACCACGUAAUACUUAUCUAUCAUAUAUGAUAUGUACAGUCAUUCGUAACAAAUAUACUAACACUA